AUGGGCGCCUCUGCCACCACCAGGUGCAACAACCUCAUCAAUGAGAGUGGGUCCAACCUAAACAAGGUACUGGCUUUCAGGGACAUAAACCCUCAAGCUCCAACGCACAUCCUCAUCAUCCCCAAAGUCAAGGAUGGACUAACUGGCCUGUCAAAGGUAGAGGUUACUGCUCAUCAGGCUGAAGAGAGGCACGUAGAGAUACCUGGCUACCUCCUCUAUGUUGCCAAGGUUGUUGCAAAGCAGGAAGGACUUGAAGAUGGCUAUCGGGUUGUCAUCAACGACGGCCCAAGUGGAUGUCAAUCUGUUUACCACAUCCACGUUCAUCUCCUUGGAGGCAGGCAAAUGAACUGGCCUCUGGGCUAA